CUGGUGUUUCCAGCGGCAGGGGGCAGCCUGACAACACUGCUGCUUUGCCUGCAGUUACACACAAGCGAGUUACAGGAUGGGUACGACUGGGGCCGCCUCAGCCUCCGGUCCGUUACAGAGCAAAGCUCCCUGGAGGAAUUCCUGGCCACCGCAGAGCUUGCAGGGACCGAAUUUGUGGCUGGUAAGGUUUUUGCCAUAGUAGAGACUCCUCCUGAUAUGGUGAUUAGAAAUGUAAAAAAGGCUGGGGGGAGGACUGGCCUGCUGACAGCAGAAGAGGCCAGAAACAUCAACAAACUCCAUGAGGAAAACAGACAGUUUUUGUGUAUACCAAGAAGACCUUACUGGGAUAGGAGAACCAGCGCUGAGAACUUACAGCAAGCAGAGAGAGAGAGCUUUCUGCAGUGGAGACGACAGCUUGCUCGGUUAGAGGAAGAACAGAAACUGAUUUUGACUCCAUUUGAACGCAAUUUAGACUUUUGGCGCCAGCUCUGGAGAGUCAUUGAAAGAAGCGACAUUGUGGUUCAGAUCGUAGAUGCCAGGAACCCUCUCCUGUUCAGAUGCCAGGAUCUGGAAUGCUACGUGAAGGAAAUCAGCAGCGACAAAGAGAACGUCAUUCUGAUAAACAAGGCAGACCUGCUGAGCACAGAGCAGCGCCGGGCGUGGGCGCAGUUCUUUGAGAGAGAAGGCGUCACAGUGGUGUUCUGGUCAGCCCUGGCGGAAGGCGUGCGGCUGGGCGGAGCCGUGCAGGAAAGCUACAUGGUGGCGGCGGCGGAGGCGGGGAGCGGCUCUGAGGAUGGCAGGUCCAGCGAGGAGGAGGAGGACGGGGCCCUGCAGAGCCUGGGUAACGCGCCGGACAGCAGCGUCCUGGGCAGCGCCGAUGAGAGUGAGGCCUACGAGGACUGUGAGGAGGAGGCGUGGCAGACCUGUUCUGAAGAUGGCAGUGAAGAAGGAGGAAAUCCCACUGACCCAGGCUGCAGGGAAAGCAGGACGGCCGGGGCUUUAGCGCAGUGCCCUGCGCCCUUGCAGAGCAGGCCCGUCCGUAACUUCAGCCACCUGGUUCAGAGACACGAGCUGCUGCAGCUCUUCAGGACGAUGCACGCUGGGAAGAAGGAGAAGGAGGGAGAGGUCACGGUAGGGCUGGUGGGCUACCCCAACGUCGGCAAGAGUUCCACGAUCAACACAAUCCUUGGGAACAAGAAAGUGUCGGUCUCUGCCACCCCGGGGCACACAAAACACUUCCAGACGCUGUAUGUGGAGCCUGGCCUGUGUCUCUGUGAUUGUCCCGGGCUGGUGAUGCCGUCCUUCGUCUCUACCAAGGCAGAGAUGGUCUGCUGCGGAGUCCUGCCGAUAGACCAGAUGCGGGACCAUGUUCCUCCCAUCUCUCUAGUCUGCCAGCGCGUCCCGCGGCACGUUCUAGAAGGAACCUACGGAAUAAAUAUCAUAAGACCCAGAGAAGAAGAGCUGCUCACCGCGUAUGGAAGCAUGAGAGGGUUCAUGACAGCCCAUGGGCAGCCAGACCAGCCAAGAUCCGCUCGCUACGUGCUGAAAGAUUACGUCAGCGGUAAGCUGCUGUAUUGCCAUCCUCCUCCUGGCAUUGACCCAGGAGCCUUCCAGCACCAGCAUGACCGAUACGCCCCACACAGAGCUACGCAGGCCAAGGCCGAAAGGAAGCCAGAAAGGAAUCAGAAAGCAAAACAGAUUGAAAAUGUGGUGGACAAAACAUUUUUCCAGCAGGAGAGCGUCCGGGCCCUGACGAGAGGUGUCCAGACCGUGAUGGGUUACAAACCUGGCAGUGGGCCUGUGUCCCAGGCUGCGUCCGGCUCCGAGAAUGUCCAAGGAAAGCCCUGGAAAAAGCACGGGAACCGGAACAAGAAGGAGAAGGUGCGCAGGGUCAGCAAGCAUCUGGAUGCCUAGCUGCCGCGUUGGCGCCGUGUGCUGGCGCCAGGCCGGAGACCCCAGUGUGUCCUGGACGUUCGGCACAUG